AUAGCCCCCGAUUGCAAAGCUAGGGUUUUGGUUAUUUCCUGCUCCAGUCCUCCUGCUUCAGCUCCGCGGCCAACCUCCUCCGGCAAUCAGUAGUUCCCCAAAGUGAUUUGUGGGCAGAGCAGAGGAAGCAGCAAUGGAGACUGGGGCCAUUGUAUCGGCGGCAGCGAAUUCUCGUGACCAAGAUAAGAUUCACACCGAUGUCUUGCUUUUCAACCGCUGGUCCUACGAUGACGUUCAGGUCAGUGACAUUUCAGUGGAUGAUUAUAUUACUGCAACAGCUGCCAAGCACCCAACAUACAUGCCUCACACUGCUGGUCGGUACCAAGUUAAGCGCUUCAGAAAGGCACAGUGCCCAAUUGUGGAGAGGCUGACCAACUCUCUGAUGAUGCAUGGCCGAAACAACGGGAAGAAGCUGAUGGCUGUUCGCAUCAUCAAGCAUGCCAUGGAAAUUAUUCAUUUGUUGACUGAUUCAAACCCUAUUCAAAUCAUUGUUGAUGCUGUUAUCAACAGUGGGCCGAGAGAAGAUGCUACUCGAAUUGGCUCAGCUGGUGUUGUGAGGCGCCAAGCUGUUGAUAUUUCUCCACUUCGCCGUGUCAAUCAGGCUAUCUAUUUGCUAACAACUGGAGCCCGUGAGAGUGCUUUUAGAAACAUCAAGACCAUCGCUGAAUGCCUUGCUGAUGAACUUAUCAAUGCUGCCAAGGGAUCUUCCAACAGCUAUGCCAUCAAAAAGAAGGAUGAGAUUGAGAGGGUUGCAAAGGCUAAUCGUUGAGGGUGGAUACUGGAAAAUUCAAGAACAGUUUUGUUUUUCUGCUUUCAAAUUGUCUCAAAACAGAACUUAAGAUUCGACGUACUAUUUAUUUUUCAUGUAGUGGAUUGAGUUUUAUGGCAAAUGAUAUUUGAAUGGUUCUUUAUCAUUUGAGGCAUAUUUAUGUUAACUCUGUAAACUGUAGUGCAUGGUGCCUUCCCUGUUUAGCAA